AUGUUAAUUGUUGCAGGAUUCAGAUGCCCGUUUCGCAGAGCUAGGAAAUCAAAACGUGUUCGGUGUUCGAUUGACCUGGCGACGAACUCCAGCAAAUGCGGUUCUAACUUUUUCUGCAGUCCUUUCGACGCCUAUCCACCUCCUGAUGCUAACGUGACGUCGAUUGAGGGUAUCUGCUGCCGUCUGCCUCGUCUAUUCUGCCCGUACGGAAAGCAAAUUCCGUUGCCGAAAGGGAAGCCUUGCGGAAAGGCAUGCACCAAAUCCAGCGUCAACGGAUACUGCUACUGGAUCCCUGAAAUGAAAAUCGGCCGACCGAUUUGUUGCCCCAAGCCUUGUCCUGAUGGCCUCUAUUUUUCCCGUGGCAAAUGUAGGGCCUCAUAA